AUGAACAAAGGAAAGGGCAAAGACAAAGAUAGUGCAACCAACAACAACAGACAUUGGUGCAAGUAUUGCCAGACAUUCAUAUUCCCAAACCAAUCGAGUAUAAAGACACAUGAGACAGGAUGGUUUCAUAAGAACAAUGUUAGAAAUGUAUUACAGACACAGAAGCGUGAGAAGGCCAAUGAGGAAAAGGAGAAGCGUGAUCAUCUUAAGGAGAUUGAGAAUCUCAAACAAGCAGGUCUAGCAGCAUAUAAAGAGAAGGAUAUCAAUCAACAACAUUAUGAUCAUACUGCUACUGAUGCAGCUGGGGAUCAACAACACCAACAACAACAACUUGUAAUGCCUUAUCCACAACAAUUUAGCACGAUGGAGGAGUACAACAUUGCUUAUCAACAAUAUUAUUAUAACUAUUAUAACUAUUACUAUUAUGGUAUUGCACCACCAACAGCAGCAGCACCAACAGCUGAUCAAUCAGUAUCACCAACAACAGCAAUAUCAACAAUAACAGCAGCACCAGUAGCAUCAACGAACAAGAAGUCACAGACCAAGCAAACACACAACAACAACAACAACAACAACACAGACGCCGAGGCAAAGGCACUCAAACAACAACAGAUAAUGAUGAACAAACAAUUACAUCAACAAAAGAUACAAGAGAUACUGAAGAGUGCUCAGGUGGAAAACGAUGAUCAAGGUGAUGGUCUGACUGAGGAGGAGAGGAAGAUCAUCGAGAGAAAGAGAGCCGAGUAUAAUGAACGCAAGCAACGUGGAGAGAUUGAUGAAGACGAUGAAGUGAGUGCGGAGAAGGUGUCUGGCACACACGAUGAUGAUGAUGAGACGUCCAUUCACGAGAGCAAGACAAACGAGUCAACAGGCAUUGGUGGUUGGGUGUCCGUGCAUAGUUCACAGAGUAUGUUUGGAUCGGACAGGAACGAAGAACAAGCGGAUAAUGGCAAUGGGGAUGGUGACGCGUAUGACAACGAUCGCUAUCAUCACUCAGACGAAGAGCAAUAUGGCAGUUCAGAUGAGGAGACCGUUGACAUGACCAAGAGGAUAGCAUUCUCUCAUGGUAACAAAUCUGUUGGAGCUGAUGACCAGCCUGUUGCUGCUCCUGCUGCUGCUCAACCAAUCAAGAUCAACAUUGGACUCAAGAAGGAGGUCGUCGGAGACACUGUAUCAUACACUGUACCCAAGGUCCAGUUUGCAAUCAAACCAUUGAGACAAGAUAUCAAGAGCAAGAACUUUAGGAAGAAGGAUGUAGAGCUGUGA